AUGGGGCGACUGUCACUCCUGACUGUGUCCUCUCUCCUCCCCCCAGCCAUCAUGGGAUUCCGGGCCACUUGCCCUUCCUUCUCCACCAUCUACUUCCUCUUCAUCCUCUUGGUGGUGUCCACCGUCUUCCACUCCCAUCACCGCCUGGCCCUGGUGCCCACCCCCUGGGCCUACCCAGGCCGCGUGGUCCUGCUCCCCAGACACCUGCCGCCGGGGGGCAUGUUCACCAUCAACGCCAAAGGCCGCCUGGGGAACCAGAUGGGGGAGUACGCCACCCUGUACGCCCUGGCCAAGAUGAACGGGCGGCCGGCCUUCAUCCCGGCCGAGAUGCACAGCACGCUGGCCCCCAUCUUCCGAAUCAGCCUCCCGGUCCUGCACGGCGCCACGGCCAGCAGGGUCCCGUGGCGGAACUACCACCUGAACGACUGGAUGGAGGAGCGCUAUCGCCACAUCCCGGGGGAGUACGUGCGCCUCACCGGCUACCCCUGCUCCUGGACCUUCUACCACCACCUGCGAGACGAGAUCCUGCGGGAGUUCACCUUGCACGACCACGUGCGGGAGGACGCCCAGAAGUUUCUGCGGGGCCUGCAGGUGAAUGGGAGACAGCCGAGCACCUUCGUGGGGGUCCACGUGCGCCGGGGGGAUUACGUGCGUGUCAUGCCGCAGGUGUGGAAGGGCGUGGUCGCCGACCGGGGCUACCUAGAGCAGGCCCUGGACUGGUUCCGGGCCCGCUACCGCUCCCCAGUCUUCGUGAUCUCCAGCAACGGCAUGGCCUGGUGUCGGCAGAACAUCAACGCCUCCCGGGGGGACGUGGUGUUCGCCGGCAAUGGCAUAGAGAACUCCCCCUCCAAGGACUUCGCGCUGCUCACGCAGUGUAACCACACCGUCAUCACCGUGGGCACGUUCGGGAUCUGGGCCGCCUACCUGGCGGGCGGGGACACCGUCUACCUGGCCAAUUUCACCCUGCCCGGCUCCCCCUUCCUCAAAGUCUUUAAGCCAGAGGCAGCCUUCCUGCCGGAAUGGAUUGGGAUCAACGCAGACCUCUCCCCGCUACUCAAGCACUGAUGUUAGGCGUCCCUUGGCACCUCCUCCUUCAUGCCUCCAAGACAAGUUCCCAAGGCAU